AUGCCCUUAGCAGCAGGUAGACAAUGUUGUCUCCUGCUGCUGCAGCAGAUUUAUUUUUUUAUAAUUAAAAUAAAAACAGAAACUGAGGCUAACUGCACAGCACAGCUGCGGCCCCCAAGUUGCUGCAGACAGACAGAGGCGGCUGAGGCCCCCCAGCUGUCUCCUUUGCUGCUGUCUCCUCUGCUGCUGUCUCCUCUGCUGCUGUCUCCUUCUCCGGUGUCUCCUCAACUGUCUCUCUGUCUCCUUUUCGAGCUAAACACCCCUCAUCGCUCUUCGCCCGCAGCCGCCAAGAGGCAGCAACAACAACAACAACAGCAGCAGCAGCAACGGCAGCAGCAGCAACAGCAACAGCAGCAACACCAGCAGCAAAAACAGGUGUUGGGAGACAGGGACCCAAGACAACAACAGCAGCAGCAUAACAACAACAGCAGCAGCAUAACAACAACAACAGCAGCAGCAACAGCAACAACAACAACAGCAGUUGCAGCAGCAGCAGCAGCAACAACAGCAGCAGUUGCAGCAGCAGCAGUAUGCUGUGUAAUGUCCCCAGGGCCUUUAUCUGAGGUGUCUCCUUUGUCUCCGUGUCUCCUCUUCAUUGCUGUGGGCACCUGGGGCGACUUCCUACCCAUAUUUGCUGCUGCAGCAAACGCAGCACUCAGUCUUUCUGGGGGCCCCCCCCUGGGGGCCCCCAGGGGCCCCCCACUAUCUAAAGAGAGACCUGGGGCCCCCCAGGGGGCCCCCCAUGGGGCCCCUAGGGGCCCCCCACUGUCUGAAGAGACACCUGGGGCCCCCCAGGGGGCCCCUAGGGGGCCCCCACCAUAUGUAGAGACAUCUGGGGCCCACGGGGGCCCCUCUUUAACCCCACAGCAGCAGAAGGAAUGCAUAGAGACAGCGCGGGGGGCCCCUGAGGAGACAGCUGGAGACAAGAGGAGGGGCCCCCCUUAUUGUGUUGUUGUAGCUGCCCCUGAAUGCUGGGUAAAACAAAUAUCAGCAGAAGCAGAGAUGAGGUGUAUGUACACCUCAUUGGCUGUCUCUUCUGCUGCAACCCGCAAACCCACAGACACCAGGGCCUCCAGCCAAAAGAAACCUGCAGCAGCAGCAGCAGCAGCAGCAGAAGCGGAAACAGAAACGGCAACAACAGCAACAGCAACGGAAACAGCAGCAGCAGCAGCAGCAGCAGCAGCAGCAGCAGCUUGCCCUUUGCUUCGACUGAAGAGCGGCAAGGACUUCGCUGUUGUGCAGAUAUCUCGGGGUCUCCCGUUGCUGCUGCUGCCGCUGCCUGCUGCUCCUAUCCUUUUGUCUGCUGCUGAUGGCUGCUGCUCUGCUGAAGCUUCGCUGCUGGUGUCUUUUAUUAAAGAAGGGGGAGAGCUCAUUCUGCCGCAGCAGCAGCAGCUGCUGCAGCAGGAGCUGCAGCAGCAGCAGCGUUGGCGGUUGCAGCCAGCUGCGGUGGCUCUGGGGCUGUUUGCUGCGGUGUACGCGCAUGCAGCAGCAGCAGCAAAUAUACCCUAUUUGCUGCUGCUGCCUUCACCUUAUUCGCGCAGGGCCCCGACAGAUUUCUUUGAGAGGCUCUUCCAGCAGAAUCCAGAGCUACCUGCUCUCUUGCAUGCAGCUGAACAGCAGCAGCAGCAGCAAGAGCAGCAGGAGCAGCAGCAAGAGCAGCAGGAGCAGCAGCAACAGCAGCAGCAGCUAGAGGCAUGGGCGCUGAGACAUUCGCUGCGCCCCAUUACAAGAGCCGACUUAGAGCAUUGGAUGUGGCGGCUGUGCCUCAGCGACAGCGGCGAAUUUCGCAGAAAAUUUUUGGGUAUUUCGCCUUCGCUCUUCGAUGUAAACAGCAGAAAUGAACACUCAGCAGCAGCAGCAGCAACAGCAGCAGCAGCAGCAGCAGCAGCAAGUACAACAGCAGAAAGUACAACAGCAGCAGCAAAAGCAGCAGAAAGUACAACAGCAGCAGCAACAGCAGCAAGUACACCAGCUGCAGCAGCAGCAGCAGAGGCAUCAGAGAGAGAGCGUGAAGUGCGUCUUGGUGUUGCUGCUCUUCCUCGUGCUGCUCCUAUGGUGUGUCUGUGGCCGUCUCGCCUGUUUAAAGCAGCAGCAGCAGCUCUACCUUCUUUUGCUGCUGCAGUGGGAACGGCGAGCGUGCCCUGGAAGCUGCUGCUGCAGCACCAGCAACAACAGCAGCAGCAACAGCAGCAGCAGCAACAGCAGCAGCCGUCUCUGCACCGCGUUCGCCUCUUUGGAUAUGGCGGAGCUCCAGUGGGGCCUUCGGAGUUGCUGCUGACGUCUCAAGAGUUGCUGCAGCUGCUGCUGCAGUCUGCAGCAGCGCCAAAGCAGCAGCAGCAACUGCAGCAGCAGCAGCUAAACUCGGCUGAUGACGAAUGCAGCGAGGAGGUCGUGGCUUCAGCUCCUCACAGGUCUUCCCAACCCCUGUGGCAACCUGGAGCAGCAGCAGCAGCAGCAGCAGCAGCAGCGGCAGCAUCUGGCGCAGAUCCUGCAGCAAAGAAGCAACGAGUAAACAGGACGGAGGCGGAGGAGCAGCAGCAACAGCAGCAACAGCAGGCUGCUGCUGCCUCUCGUCAAAGGGCCGCCGCGAUACUGGAGUUUCUGCCUCGCGUCACAUUCUGCAGCAGCAGCAGCAACAACAACAACAGCAGCAGCAGCAGCAGCGAGGUGGAGGCUGCUGCUGCAGAGGGGUUUUGUGUGGUGUCUCUAGGCAGCAUGUUGUGCGAGCUGCUGAAGGUGCUGCCUUGCUGCAGUUGUCUCCUGUCUCUCAUGGCAUCCACAGCGAAGCUGCUGCGGCGCAGGCUGCUGCUGGUUGCAUCUUCUGCUGCCUUCUGCUCUUGCGAGUACUUCCACUCUGUCUCCACAAAGGAGACAGUUAAAAAGGGGUUGGGGGCCCUCAGCCCUGCAGCACAAAGGGAGACACAAGUGCUGCUGAUACUCUCGCCAUUCGACUGCCCAGCGCUGCUGCAGCUGCACCAGCAGCAGCAGCAGCAACAGCAGCAACAGCAGCAACAGCUGCUGCUGCAGCGCGAUGCGACACAGGCGGCGGCGGGACAGACAAAGACACCCAAUGCUGCAGCGGCAGCAGCAGCAGCAGCAGCAGCAACCACAAAGCGGCCUUCUGUCUGCAUCGUCUCCCAUAGUAGCGCAGGCUCUGCUGCUGCCUUCUCCUCCCUCCGCGGCGUCGCUCAUUUGCUGCUGCCGCUGCUGUUUGAUCAGCAAGAUGUGGGGUUGUGCAUGCAGCAGCAAGGUUUGGGGCUGGUGGCAUCUGAAGGCCUUCUAGACGCCUUUUCUGCUGUCGUAUCGCUUGAAGCCGCUGUGCAGCAACGCAACAUGCAGCAGCAGCAAGACCAGCAAAAGGACCAGCAGCAGCAGCAAGACCAGCAAAAGGAGCAGCAGCAGCAGCAGCAACACGAACAACAGCAACUCGCCGAUGGUGCAGCAGCAGAUGGGGUGGGGGACUUCUCUUCUAUCGCCGUUGCCGCCCCAGAAUUUGCUGCAAACGGCCACCAGGUGCAGCAGCAGGAGCUGCAGCAGCAGCAGGAGCUGCAGCAACAGCAUCAGGUGGUGCUGCAGCACGACGAGCAGAGGAGGAGGAGGCCCUGCCUCAAUCCUUGCUCCCCCGUGCUGCUGCGCGCAGCCCUGGCACUCUCAAACGAAAUUCAAGCUGCAGAAGCAGCAGCAGCAGCAGCAGAGACGCAAGAGCCUGCUGUAGAAUUUGCUGCUGAAGAUGGCGCUGCCGCUGCAGCACGCUGUUGCGUGGCGCUGCUGCAACACGCCUGCAGCAGCAGCAGCAGGUAG